AUGUGUGGGGUCGGGCUUUCUGGUGAGGCGGGGCUUCCGGGACGCCGAGGCUCUCCGUCAGCUGACCCACCGCCAUCUUGGCCGCCAUUUGCGGGUGGCCCUGAGCAGGGAAGGGUCUGCGGAAGCGGGGGCUAACUCGCUGCCCCUUCUCCUCAGACUGGUCUCCGGCCACAGCCGUCGCUCUGGCCUCCACGUCGUCCUCUCCGCGGCGGCCGGAAACGCAGCGGGGCGGUCGCCUGAGGUGCGGUCGCCGGGUCCCCGCACCUCCCAGGGCCGCGGCGGCGGCGUUCCCCUCGGAGGCCACAGCCCACGGGCCGCCGCGAUGGCCCUCAAGAUGGUCAAGGGCAGUAUCGACCGCAUGUUCGACAAGAACCUGCAGGAUCUGGUCCGCGGCAUCCGCAACCACAAGGAGGACGAGGCCAAGUACAUCUCCCAGUGCAUUGACGAGAUCAAGCAGGAACUCAAGCAGGACAACAUUGCUGUGAAGGCCAACGCUGUCUGCAAGCUCACCUACUUACAGAUGCUCGGGUACGACAUCAGCUGGGCUGCCUUCAACAUCAUUGAAGUCAUGAGUGCCUCCAAGUUCACAUUCAAGCGUGUCGGCUACCUUGCAGCCUCUCAGUGCUUCCAUGAAGGUACUGACGUCAUCAUGCUGACCACUAACCAGAUCCGAAAGGACCUGAGCAGCCCUAGCCAGUACGACACUGGAGUGGCACUGACUGGUCUGUCCUGUUUUGUCACCCCAGAUCUUGCCAGAGACCUGGCAAAUGACAUCAUGACCCUGAUGUCUCACACGAAGCCAUACAUCAGGAAGAAGGCAGUGCUGAUCAUGUACAAAGUGUUCCUCAAGUACCCUGAGUCACUGCGUCCUGCCUUUCCCCGGCUUAAGGAGAAGCUGGAGGACCCAGACCCAGGGGUGCAGUCUGCAGCUGUCAAUGUCAUCUGUGAGCUAGCGCGCCGAAACCCUAAAAACUACCUGUCUCUGGCUCCACUGUUUUUUAAGCUCAUGACAUCCUCUACCAACAACUGGGUCCUCAUCAAGAUCAUCAAACUGUUCGGUGCCCUGACUCCCCUGGAGCCCAGGCUGGGCAAGAAGCUGAUCGAGCCUCUCACCAACCUCAUUCACAGCACCUCUGCCAUGUCCCUGCUGUACGAGUGUGUGAACACCGUGAUUGCUGUGCUCAUCUCACUGUCUUCCGGGAUGCCCAACCACAGCGCCAGCAUCCAGCUAUGCGUUCAGAAGUUGAGGAUACUGAUAGAGGACUCCGACCAGAACUUAAAGUACCUGGGGCUGCUGGCCAUGUCUAAAAUCCUGAAGACACAUCCCAAGUCUGUGCAAUCCCACAAGGACCUGAUCCUGCAGUGCCUGGAUGACAAAGACGAGUCCAUCCGCCUGCGUGCCCUUGACCUGCUCUAUGGAAUGGUGUCCAAAAAGAACCUGAUGGAAAUUGUGAAGAAGCUUAUGACCCACGUGGACAAGGCCGAGGGCACCACCUAUCGUGACGAGCUGCUCACCAAGAUCAUUGACAUCUGUAGCCAGUCCAACUACCAGCACAUCACCAACUUCGAGUGGUACAUCAGCAUCCUUGUGGAGCUGACAAGACUGGAGGGCACCCGGCAUGGUCACCUCAUUGCUGCACAGAUGCUGGACGUGGCCAUUCGGGUCAAGGCCAUUCGAAAAUUUGCUGUGUCCCAGAUGUCUUCGCUGCUUGAUAGUGCCCACCUGGUAGCCAGCAGCACCCAACGCAACGGCAUCUGUGAGGUGCUCUAUGCUGCUGCCUGGAUCUGCGGGGAGUUCUCGGAGCACCUACAGGGGCCCCAGCAAACCCUGGAGGCCAUGCUGCGGCCCAAGGUCACCACACUGCCCGGCCACAUCCAGGCUGUGUAUGUGCAGAACGUGGUAAAGCUGUACGCGUCCAUCCUGCAGCAGAAGGAGCAGGCUGCCGACACUGAGGGGGCACAGGAGGUCACCCAGCUACUAGUGGAGCGGCUGCCACAGUUUGUGCAGAGCGCCGACCUGGAGGUGCAGGAGCGGGCGUCUUGCAUCCUGCAGCUGGUCAAGCAUGUACAGAAGCUGCAAGCAAAAGGCGUGCCGGUGGCCGAGGAAGUGAGCGCCUUGUUUGCUGGGGAACUGAACCCUGUGGCCCCCAAGGCCCAGAAGAAGGUCCCAGUUCCUGAAGGCCUAGACCUGGAUGCCUGGAUCAAUGAGCCACCUUCAGACAGUGAGUCUGAGGAUGAGAAACCCAAGGCCAUCUUUCAUGAAGAGGAGCCAAGGCACACCCGGCGCCGGCAGCCUGAGGAGGAUGAGGAGGAGCUGGCCCGGCGGCGAGAGGCCCGGAAGCAGGAGCAAGCCAACAAUCCCUUCUACAUCAAGAGCUCCCCAUCCCCGCAGAAGCGAUACCAAGACGCACCAGGCGUGGAGCACAUUCCUGUGGUACAGAUCGACCUCUCCGUGCCUCUGAAAGUUCCAGGUAUGCCCAUGUCAGACCAGUAUGUGAAGCUGGAGGAACAGCGGCGACACCGGCAGCGGCUGGAGAAGGACAAGAAAAGGAAGAAGAAGGAGAAGGGCAAGCGUCGCCACAGUUCCCUGCCCACGGAGAGUGAUGAGGACAUCGCCCCCGCCCAGCGUGUGGACAUCAUCACUGAGGAGAUGCCUGAGAAUGCUCUGCCUAGUGAUGAGGAUGACAAAGACCCCAAUGACCCCUACAGGGCACUGGACAUUGACCUAGAUAAGCCCUUGGCCGACAGUGAGAAGCUGCCUGUCCAGAAACAUAGAAAUGCGGAGACAGUGAAGUCCCCAGAGAAGGAGGGUGUGCCUGGGGUGGAGAAGAAGAGCAAGAAGCCCAAGAAGAAGGAGAAGAAGCCCAAAGAGAGAGAAAGGGAGAAGAAGGACAAGAAGGGUGAGGACUUAGACUUCUGGUUGUCCACCACCCCGCCACCUGCUGCUGCCCCCGUCCCUGCCCCAUCUACGGAAGGACUUGCUGCGAGCAUUGUCACCCCCCCUAAGGGUGAGUGUGAGGUUCUCAAAGGGGAAGAGCCCCAGGACGAGGAGGACCACAUGGAUCAUGACCAAGAAAGGAAAUCAUCCCGGCACAAGAAGAAGAAACACAGGAAGGAGAAGGAGGAGAGGCCACGAGACAAAAAGAAAGCCAAGAGGAAGCAGGUGGUGCAGCUAGAGAAUGGUGCGCCAGCAGAGGAGGAAGAGGAGGAGGAGGAACCUAUCCCGCCCAUGUCCAGUUACUGCCUUCUGGCUGAGAAUCCGUACAUUAAAGUGACAUAUGACGUCCAAGCCAGCUUACAGAAGGACAGCCAAGUGACUGUGUCUAUCAUCCUGGAGAAUCAGAGCAGCAGCUUCCUGAAGAACAUGGAACUCAACGUGCUAGACUCACUCAACACCAAGAUGGCCAGGCCAGAGGGCUCAUCAGUGCAUGAUGGUGUGCCUGUGCCUUUCCAGCUGCCCCCCGGCGUCUCCAAUGAGGCCCAGUUUGUGUUCACCAUUCAGAGCAUCGUCAUGGCCCAGAAGCUCAAAGGCACGCUGUCCUUCAUUGCCAAGGAUGAUGAAGGAGCCACCCAUGAGAAGUUGGACUUCCGGCUGCAUUUCAGCUGUAGCUCGUACCUGAUCACCACCCCCUGCUACAGCGAUGCCUUUGCCAAGUUGCUGGAGUCAGGAGACCUGAGCAUGAACUCCAUCAAAGUUGAUGGCAUUAGUAUAUCUUUCCAGAAUCUUCUGGCAAAGAUCUGCUUCUACCACCAUUUUUCUGUUGUGGAGCGAGUAGACUCCUGCGCCUCCAUGUACAGCCGCUCUAUCCAGGGCCAUCACGUCUGCCUGCUGGUGAAGAAGGUGAGCUCACAGCAGUGCCCGCUGCCCUGCAGCUACCCACGAUGCCCUGACAAGAGGCCGGGCUUCCCCUGUACAUGCCUCCCUGUCAGGGCUGCCCUUCAAGGUCCCAUCCCAAGGGUGCAACCCAUCUGCCACGGUUGCACCAGACCCUCCAGAUGCACCUAGGUUUGGGACACAAGGCAAGAGGAAGGAAAGGGUGGGCUGGCUCAGAACGGUCUCAGGCCCUGGAGGGCUGUCACUGUCCACCUGCCAUCUCAGCACUCUGGGGACAGGCAGGAUUACUAAACCCCAGGCAAGUUGGGGCUACAUAAAAACAAAAUAAGGUGUAGGCUCCAUCUGAGGGUAGAAGUGGCAUUUGCAGCGCCCCCACUCCCCCUCACUCGGGCAUGGCAGUAUGUGCAUGUGCCUGUCCCCUAGGGUGAGAGCUCCGUGUCAGUGGACGGGAAGUGCAGCGAUGCCACGCUGCUCAGCAGCCUGCUGGAGGAAAUGAAGACCACGCUGUCUCAGUGCUGAAUUGCAGAGUCCAGGAUGUACAAGAGAAAGAUGUGAUGGGUCUUACCUCUCCUUUGUCGUGUACUGUCUCCACACCCAGCAUUAAUUUAACACCUCCGGCCUCCGCUGUGUGACGCAGAGGUCCUGUGUUGCAUCAGCUUCUUUUACUAUCCUUUUUCACUCCUUUGGCAAGGAAGGCCAUCCUGACCCCCAGCAGGAACGGGCUGCUCCACUUCCUGUUCUCAAAGGCGGCUGUGGGAUGUGGCCCCACUGGUCUGUUCCCGUGCUGCCUCUGGAGGAACCCUUAGAGCUGCUGCUGUCCUCAGAUAUCCCAACUGGUGGCCUCUGAAGAGGGGCUCAGACCAGCUGUUAAUGCUUCUCCUCACAGCCUACGAGGCCGGCCGGCCGAAGUGUCCUUGUGGGUAUUUCCACAGCUCGGCUGCUGACAGCAGGGAUGAUGUCCCUUUGAUUUUCUUCUGUUCCACAGAAUUGUGGUCUGUCUUGAGGUUCUGUUGUGGGGGUCAGUGGAGGAGUCCAAUGUAUGCCCCUCAGUUUGUCACUACACAUCAUGGGCUUGUCCCUGCAGCUGUGGAGGGCUGGGUGCCUUGCGGUGGAGGGUGGCAUCCUGGGAACAUUCAGCGCUCCCCCAGCUGUUCCUGGACAAGGUGAAGAGACCCCAUCCUGGACACUUCCUAUAACUGGGUAGCUGCGCACAGCUGAGCCCUCCUCAGAGGUGACGGUGGUCUACACACAUUCUGGCGUUCCUUUGAGGAUAACUGUCACUUUAGCAUGUAGAGUACUCUUACCGACCCCACGUGACCUUCCGGCUCUAUGAUGUUCCAUGAUUGAUUUGCUGUCGACAUUCCCAUGUGAAGAGAGAUAUAUCACGCUGCUGACGAUCAGUGUCACAAUGACCCAUUAAAGAGUCAAAAAACA